UUUACUUGAAAGCCCAAACCGUCUAGAUGAAGAACAUAGACUGAUCGCCCGGUAUGCUGCAAGACUGGCAGCAGAGACUACUUCAUCACAGCCACAACAGCAACCACAACAAAGAGGCACUCCAGAUAUUUCAUUCUCUAUUGAUGCAAAUAAGCAACAACGACAGCUUAUUGCAGAACUUGAAAAUAAGAACAGGGAAAUCUUACAAGAGAUUCACAGGCUGCGGCUUGAACAUGAGCAGGCAUCUCAGACUACCCCAGAAAAGGCAGCACAAAACCCUACACUCCUGGCAGAGCUUCGCCUCCUGAGACAGAGGAAAGACGAGUUGGAACAGAGAAUGUCAGCUCUUCAGGAAAGCCGAAGAGAACUCAUGGUUCAGUUAGAAGGCCUCAUGAAACUACUCAAGACCCAAGGAGCAGGCUCUCCUCGCUCGUCUCCCAGCCACACGAUCAGUCGGCCAAUUCCAAUGCCUAUCAGAUCUGCAUCUGCCAGCUCAACCCCAGCCCACACACCACAAGAUUCUCUGACAGGGGUGGGAGGAGAUGUGCAAGAAGCUUUUGCGCAAGGUACAAGAAGAAAUUUAAGAAAUGACUUGUUGGUAGCUGCUGAUUCUAUCACCAAUACCAUGUCUUCUCUCGUGAAAGAGUUAAACUCAGAAGUUGGAAGUGAGACAGAAAGUAAUGUGGAUUCAGAGUUUGGUCGGACUCAUUUUGAUGAUCUUGUUCCAUCACCAACUUCUGAAAAGGCUUUUCUGGCACAAAUCCAUGCCAGGAAGCCAGGAUAUCUUCACAAUGUAGCUGCUACUGGAACCAUUCGCAGUGACCUGGUUACAGAGGAUGGAGAGUCUUACGUUAGAGCUGAUGAUGAGAACUAUGAAAAUGAUUCUGUCUGUCAACUAGAAAAUGAACUCAAGAUGGAGGAGUAUUUGAAGCAGAAAAUGCAAGAUGAAGCUUAUCAGGAAAGCUGCAGUCAAAUGGAUAAUGAAAGUGAUGUAAGAACUGAGGAGGAGAAAGAGAAGGAGGAAGAGGAAAAAGAGGAAGAAGAAGAAGACAACACUCCGAUCAAUGACAAAGAUAGCCUAGCUGCCAGCUUCAAUGAAGAAGUGAAAAAUCAAGUGCAGCCUCUCUAACCAACUAGGUCUCCAGACUGUAGCACAAUUAUUUUGUUUGCCAAGUUCUAGUUUGUAGGUGUUUUAUUUUUGAAGAUUAAAAAACCAUGAUUUUUAUUUAAAGUUAAAUUAUAUCAGCUACAUCAUGUGUAACAUGGCUUAUUAUUGAUGAAGAACACUGGCUGUACUAACAAAAUAUAAACCCUUUGCACUUUCAAACCUGUUCAGUUUACAAUGACAGUACUGUUUAUAUUAGGAGUUUGAUUUCUGAAUAAUUUGAGGUUUUAGAACACUUUCCUACACACUGUACAUUAUUCUUCCAUAGAGGAAAUUUUAAAAGUAUAAUGAUGCAUUUAUCAUUGAAUAAAUAUACUCCUGUGUGUACAUAUUUAUAGCCCAAAAAUGAACUAUAGUUGCAAUACUAAAGCCAACCACACUUGCAGAAUUCUCACAGAUAUUACUAGGAAUUGCACACAUGUUGAUACUACAAUAUUGCAUCUUUGGAUAGCAAUUUGUUUUUAAUAUUUCUGCAAAAUAAAUAAAUGAAAAUUUAAAAACAAACUUGUACAAAAUGCACUAAGAAGUAUCUCUAUGACUUAGGGCUACUACAUAACGAAUGUUUUCUUUCAAAAUAUAAUCUAACAAAUCAGCCAUAGAACUUAGUGUAAAUAUUUUCUUUCCAAAUAGAAAUGAUAUACAAAAGACAACAUUCAAAUUAUAUAGAAUCUAGUUUUUAAAAUCAGUACAGAUCUUCUUAAAACUGUGAACUAUGUUUUGAAAUACUCAUUACUAAAGCUGUUUAUAAACCACAGGUGCCAUAAAAUCCCUAAACUAAUUGUAUAAUCUUCAUUUUAUUAUUUUGUUGCAGUUUUAGAACUUUCUUUCACAUUAUCUCCAUCUUUCAUAUCUUGUUGGUUGAGGCCUUCAGCUUUAAAUGUACAGGCUUUAAAAGAUUGCUUGCAAUUACUUUCGUUUCUUAUUGAAUGUGCAUUGCCUUAGUCAACCAUUAGUUGUUUUGUGUGCAUUCUUGGAAAUGGGCCAGGGGUAUCUGCAGGGUAUUGUAAAAAAAAGAAAAUCAAGAUUGCUGCCAUGCACAUCUUGCAAUGUAUAUAAAUAGGCAGAGCUUUUAUCACAUUAUCAUGGCUGCACUUGCUUUUUUUUUAAUCUUACCCUCUGGACACUCCUGGAAUGAGUAGAGAGACUUUCUUCAGGGGCUGAAUGGGGUAAUCUGCUAAAUAUGAAAAGCACAUGGAGGGGAGGUGUGUCCUUUCUAAAAAGAAAAAAGAAUAUAUUAUGUAAUUACAGCAGUAUCUCUUUUGAGUUAAUCUUAAUAUGCUAUUUAAAAAAAUAAUAGAGAGGAGGCUGCUCCCGAGGAUUAUAUUUGGAAAAGAUACUUCACAAUCUUAUUUUCCCUAUAUAGUAAAUUAGUUACAAGCAAAUUUUAGCCCUAAGGAAAACAGCAAAUUAUUUAGAAAUUGUUAAGCGUAAUGGUAACAUUAAGCACGAAUUUAGAAAAGCUGAAAUAUAUAAAUCCAAAGUUAUUGUUAAAAAAAUAAUAGCUCCUUAAACUUGCUUACAUAUUGCAUUGUCCAAAUGAAAAGAUGAAUCUUUCUGUUGAUUCUACAAGGGACAUGCUUCAGAUCAAAGAUGUAUAAAUUAAAUAACUCUAGGUACUUUCUAACUCAUGCACAAAAUAAUUCCUGACAUCUUCCUUCUUGUGUCUUUCUCAACAUUGUCUCUAUGUACUCAAAUCACAGAAUUUAGAGAACUGAAGAAAAUAUUUUUAAAAAAUGUUUACAUAGAGACACCCCAGAAACCUCGCAAUAAUUACUCUUUACUCCUGUAGUGUCUACCAUCUUCACAUGGUGGAUACAUAACUUUUGACAAUUUACCUCUCCUAUGCCCUUCUCUCAGGAACUGGUUACUCUCUACUAGUGCCUAGCACACAUCAGUUAGUACUAGACAGUAUAUUGGCAAUUCUUGCUGACAACUCAGGACUCCAGCCAAGUAUUUCCUAAAGAGAAGCAAAAUUGUAUUAAAAAGAUCGAAAUCCAGCUAGAUACCUGCAGUUAGAAUAGGGAUUGUGUUUCUCUGAUAUAGUCCUUAAUUUACACACCCAGAUUGCAUGUAAAGCUCAUGCACGAGUCUAAACUUUGGGAAAUCUGUGCAACACUUAUUGUCUUCACAACAUAUGCACCAUUCUCUCAGUCUGGUUUCAGCACAGAUUCUCCAAAGCAGAGCUCUAGGUGGCCUCUUAUACUUUGGAAGUCCAAGUUAAAGCACUUUUUCAUUUGCCACCAAAACCAAACGUUGCUACAUCAACCAGUGUUAAGUUGACAGUGGCUCAGUAUGGACAAUACUUUCCCCUGAUUUCUAUCUAGCAUCUGGAAACCAAAAGUGUCAUCUUCUAACACAAAACUCAACCUCCUAGGCCAUAAUGUUGUUAGUAUAAAGUUAUGCUUGCAUAAAACUCCACUAGCAAAGUCCUUAAUCAGAUUACCUGUUUCUGUAUUUUGUCUGGGAUGUCAUAUAAAAACCUAAUGGAAUAGGAUAUAAUGUGGAUGUCCUUAUUCAGAUGAACAUUAACUUGCAUGCCUAAGGAAUCCAGGCCCAAAGCUAAUGUUACAGACAUACGUUUCCAUGCACAAUGAAACAAGCAUGUAGAGGAAGUUGAGUGAGAGUUUUGUCCCAAAUGUGCCAAUGUUUUAGCCCAUACAGUCUUUGUUUGCUAAACAUGUUUGGACGGCGAACCUCAAAGUUGCUGGAAUGGUUGAAAUAGCCAUUUAUCAUUUUUCAUGGCUGUUUACUAUAGCCCAAAACUCCUUGUGGAUUGUUAAUGGAAAGAUCAUUAAGAGGCAGGAAUUAGAAUGUGAAGAUAGCAGGAUUCUUGAAUGUUGAAAGAAAAGAGAGGAUAGAAUCUCUGUAAGUAGUAAUGUUAACUUUAAAACUGCAUUAAAAGGUGUGUGGCCUUUGUGGUGAUAAUAUGUAUUUUCUUAUAUGCAUGAGACAAAAUGUUGCAUCAUUAUUUAGCACAGAUGUCUGCCUUUUACUUUAGCCACUUUCCUCCAUUUUUAUGAGUUCCUUGGAAUUGCUGUAGAUAUAUCUUGUAAAUACCACAACUGCGGGUUGCAGCAGUUAGGUUGGUUCAAUUCAGUGCCAGAGCUUGAAUGACAGGACAGGAAUUUAUCUGUGAACCCAAAAAAGUAUGAAGAAUUACAUCUUGAAACUACUAAUUGUCUGAUGUUUUUAACUACUGUUAUUUCACACCAGUCUGAACGGACACACACUGCAAAUUUUACAUUAUCCAUUGGUAUUGUAAACAGAAUUAUUAUUGUAUGGGGUUUUUUUGUAUUGCUGUUAAGUAUUGUUUUGUGUGUGUGUGUGUGUGUGUUAAGCCUAUUGGGGACAUAUUUUGAAGUGAUUAAACUAUUUAAUUGUGUGUCUAUAUUUUGGAAUGGAAUUAUUUCUUCAUUAAAAAAGAAUUUUUAAAAGUAA